CGAACCGACGGAUGCCGCGUUGGUUCAAAAAGAUCUCGCUGACGUGGGCGGAAGAGUUUGUCUUUACAAGCUUCCGCAUCUUUGCAGCCCGGUUCCGAGUGAUUUAUUCCAAACAGCAGCUUGGAGAAGUGUGUGUCGGUGUGUCGGUGUGACAGUGUGUCGGUGUGACAGUGUGUCGGUGUGACAGUGUGUCGGUGUACAGUGUGUCGGUGUGACAGUGUGUCGGUGUGACAGUGUGACAGGAUGGAAGGCGACAUGAUGCUACACUUGGCCAAUUUCAGCACGUUGUUCGUGUGCAUGGUGCUGAAACUGCCCCAGAUUGUGGUGCUGAUGAGAGCGAAGUCCGCUGCUGGAGUCAGUGUGAACAGCCUGCUGCUGGAGAUGACCGGGUUUAUAGUAUUUGUCUCCUAUCAGAUGUUUUAUGAUUAUCCCCCCCCUACGUACCUGGAGUAUCCCAUCCUCAUCGCACAAGAUGUGGUCCUGCUGAUUCUCAUCCUGCAUUAUAAUAGAAACAUGAAGCACAGUCUAAUCUAUGCUGCUGUGUUUGUAGGAGGCUCGAAACUGAUCACCAUGGAGAAGUGGAUCAUCGACAUGGCCAUGAGUGUGUGUACGCUCAUCAGUGCAGGCAGUAAACUCCUGCAGCUUCAGUGUCUGUGGAGAUCUAAGGACUCUGCGCAGGUCAGCACUCUCACCUGGGCGUUAGCGUCCUACACGUGUGUGGUCAGGAUCUUCACCACCGUGGUGACGACUGGAGACACUCAGGUUCUGAUCCGUUUCGUGGCCAUGACCGUACUGAACCUGUGGGUGACGGCCACCGUGAUCUACUACAAACCCAGCGCUAAGAAACGCGCCUGACUCUGAGGGGUUCUGACAUCACUUCCUGUCACACAGGAACAUCGUUCUGUUGGUAUUGAGUUAGAGCGGAAGUGUGAGCGAGAUCGUGACUAAAACAUGUAACGGACUGAAGACCAGCACUCAACUGCCUCAGGCUCAGUCUGGAGCUGUUUGUUUCUCUCUCUCUCUCUCUCUCUCUCUCUCUCUCUUUCUUCCUCUCUCUCUCUCUUUCUUCCUCUCUCUCUCUCUCUCUCUUUCUUUCUCUCUCUCUCUCUCUCUCUCUCUCUGUCUGUUUCUCUCCCCCCCUCUCUCUUCCGCUCUCUCUGCCCCCCCUCUCUCUUUCUUCCUCUCUCUCUCUCUCUCUCUCUCUCUCUCCUCUCUCUCUCUGCCCCCCCCCCUUAUCUCAGGGUCCUGGUUUAUUCUCUAACGUUCCCAGCAGGAGUUAGGUCUCAGUGUGUACGAUCUGUACAUCCGAGUGUUAAUUCUCUCUAACGUGCCUUUACACUUCUGAUCCAUUCCCCUGUAGCUUCUGGAGCCUUUCUUCCAAACUCUGUUCACAUUUCUUUCACUUCUAAAACUUCCUUCGAUAAACUUUUGUUAAAUGAAUUAAAGGACCAACUAAAGUUCAGUAAAAUCUACGUACAGUGUUUACAUUAACAGUGUGUGUCCACAAUCCUAUGGAGGGAUGACGUAUUGAGACUAGUUCCGUCUUCCAGAAUUAAACUCGUGUCCUAAUCCUCACGCUCGUGGACGCAGCUGACGCUUGUUUUUAGCGGCCUUCGUUCCCGAUGACUGACGUUUACAUGUAAAGCUGUUCAUCCGGGACGACCUCAUGUGACCCCAGUGUUUUUGUCUCCUUAUUUCUCUUAGACCAACAGAUGUGAGCACAAAGCAUCAUAUAAACGACGAGUCACACAAGUUACAUUCACAUUCUACCUUUCCUUUUCCUUCUAAACAAUGAGAACUGCAGUGUGUGUGUGUGUGUGUGUACACCUGCAGGUUUUCUCGGGAGUGAAUGUGGUGAAUUUGAUGGCUGCAAAUUGGUCAACUUUAUUUUCUGUUAGGAAAGGCAAUAAAAAUGAUACUAAUUUUACUCAA